GAGAUUUGAAAUAAGACUCACAGCUGACAGAGAUAGACAAGGCCGAGGAGGGAGAGAUAUCAGGGGAGGGAUGGAGAGAGGGGGAAACAGUUUGUGAGGCCUUUUAGCUCGGACUGGACUGUGAGGGGGAAGAGAGGCCUGGGCUGCAGGCUCUGACUUUCUGUUAGCUGAGGGUCAAGUAGAAAAAGAACAGAAAGGAAAAAUUAAAAAGAGUUGUUGUCAUAACAAAGUGCUUGAUGGCAGUUACCCAGGCUGUGCUCCCGUCAAUCAGCUCCUUCUCCAGCCUCGCUCACUCCAGCAGCGACAACAUGAAAGUGUGGAAGUCUGAGGGCGGCUCUCUGCCUCUGGACUCUCUCAGUAACAGACCCAGCAUCUCGGAGCAGCUGCAGGUCUCCAAGCAGAUGACAGAGGAGCUCCUAGACGACGACAGCCGAGCAUCUUGGGACAUUGAGUUCCUGCUGUCUGACUGGAGCAACCCCUCUCCUGAAUUCAACCCUUCUCUGGAGAACUGUGAUCAGCGGCUGCUCGACCCACACACGGCCUACCAAGAGGUGGCCACGUUUAAGGAGCAGCCAGGUCAGGAGUGUGUGCAGGUGAGAAGCGGCAGCUUCGUGGCAGAGCUCCUGUCCCCUGAUCAAACCACAACACACCAUCCAGAGCUGUACCACCAUUACAGUGAGGCACAAACAGGUCGGACUUCCGCUCCCAGUCUGGCUAACGUAGAUCAGUUUGGCUUCCUGCAAGGAGGCCGAGGAAACCACAAUAAGGCCUCAUCAUGGGACUAUAACCCCUACUAUCCCCAGCAGCACCCGUCCAUGGUGACCUACCCCGAAAGCAGGUUCAUCUCCUCUCAAGCUGUGACCACUGACCCUCAACACUACAGCUACAUGCCCGGCUACAGCCACAACGCCAACCUUUACUGUGACUACACCCACAGCCAAGCCAGCGGUCAUCUGCCCCAUCACCAGCAACCCCUGAUGGUGGGAGCCCAGCUGCCCCCUGCUGGGGUGGAGGGGAAGCGUGGUCGGAGGGCAACAGGGAAGAAGAGGCCCGCCAUCCACAGCUGUGAAUACCCCGGCUGCAGCAAGACCUACACCAAGAGCUCCCACCUCAAGGCUCACCUUCGCACGCACACAGGGGAAAAGCCCUACCAAUGUUCAUGGGAGGGAUGCAACUGGAAAUUCGCCCGCUCUGAUGAGCUGACGCGUCACUACCGCAAGCACACGGGCCAGAAACCCUACGAGUGUCUGCUGUGUCAGAGGGCCUUCUCCCGCUCCGACCACCUGGCUCUGCACAUGAAGAGACACACUUGAAGCCCACACGCACGCACACACGCCAGACACACGCACACACACACACACACACACACACACACACACACAAACAGGGGUUUGAUGUUGUAAUUGAUUACUCAUUUGGUUCAAAGUGCAAAUGUUACAAGUCAAAGAUUUAAGAUUCCCUUUUUUCAAAAAAAAUAACGAUUGAUAUCCUGUGCUUACAAAAAGGACCAUUACAUCACAACAAUUUCUUCAGACUCAUGAAAAGAGUCAUAAUUUAUGCAGCAAAAUUGCCAUGAGAGGUCUACAUUUCCUAUAGUUCGACCUGGAUGCCACCAGCUAAUCAGGUGCAUUAGACAAUGGUCACAUACACACAAAUGUUUCUGUGGGGAAACCUCGCCCCAUGGGAGCCUCGUCCCAUCAGCCCAGGUUUAUUUAUUAUUAAGUCUAGGUUAUAUCACAGAUUGAAGUCAGAUUUAUUACUCAGACAAGUCAAGUCAAGAAUAAGACAUUGGAGUCCCUUACUGGUGUAAUGACUUCCCCGUACUUUAAAGGUCCAGUGUGUAAGAUUUAGGUGAAAGGAAUCUAAUGGCAGGAAUUGAAUAUGAAAUAAUCCUAUUAACGUAUUCAGUAGUAUGUUUCACUGUUGUUUUCUUUAUCCUAAAAGGACACCAUGUUUUUUACAGUCGUCCAAACUGGACAAACUAAACAUAUUUCGAGUUCUAAUGAGAACUGCAGGCUGCCACAGGUUCUCUGUGAUCUUUGGAAGGGGAGGGUGAGGUGAGGGGGAUUCAGCUGCAACAUGCAGCUUCACCUCCAGAUAACCCUGAAACUAUAAAUCUAAUAAUAACGCCAACACAAAGACAUCCGUUCUCACCAGAGCCACGUGGACAAACACUGUACACACUAUGGGCACGUAGACACCAGCAGACUUAAACACUAACAACAUAUAUACCAAAAUAAUAUACGUGACAUAGGUUAUCAUAGUGUAUCCUGUAGGAAGUCACGGCUCACUCGGCUACCACCACUAUGGUAAUAAUGAUUGUAAAUGUAAGUAUAUGAUUGUACAGUCCAUGUAUGGUUGUGUAUUUUUCUGUCAUCUAAGUUUGUGUUUUGUCUGUUUCAGGGAAUUUUUAUUUAAAAAAAACAAGUGUGCUUAUAUUUCUCAUUUUCAGAUCUGUAAACAAUAUGCAUCUUUAGCUGUUGCCUAUUAUAAUCUAAAAAUGAGCAACAUAUUUAUUAACACAAUCUUUUAUAUCAACAGAAGGUAUUAUAUUGUUGUACAAUGUUUUUUCUAUUCUCAUAGUGCUUUAAAGUGUUUUAAAUGUUGUUAUCUUUGUUAUAGUUCCAAUAAAGGCCUGUAAUGCUUUAAA